AUGUCAUCCAACUGCUUUCUUCGGCGGCACAGAAAACGAAAAGCUCCAUCGAUUUCCUCCGAUUUCUCGUCCCUACUGCUUCUCAAGUAUCACUCGAUAAGGAAGCGCCGUUUCUCAAGAGAUUCCUGGAAUCUUCAACCAAAUAACAACACUCUUUCUCAGUUCAGUGUUCCUAGACUUUCCCUCUACCUUUUUUUUACCGUUGUUGUCAGUAUUUCUUCUUCUUCUUCUUCUUCUUCUUCUUCUUCUUCUUCUUCUUCUUCUUCUUCUUCGUCCUUCAUUUUCGUGCUUCUCUCUUUCUUUGUUUUCCUUCCUUCACUGUAUCGUAUGCUUUUUUCGAGGUCACAUUUCUCUGAAUUUUCUUCGUUAUCCGCACUUUUCUUUUUUUUCUUCUCCUUUAGUUCUUUUUUUUCUCCCCCUUUUUUUUUAACCAUUUCUUUCUAUUUUUCUUCUCUUUAUUUUUUCCUUCUAUUUAUCUUUGUUAUUUACUUUUUAAUCCGGCUCUUUUUUAUUCAUUUAAAUCAUCCAAAUGUUACUUUUUUUUUUUAUCUGUCUCCUCUCCUUAUAUGCCUUUUCCUCUUGUUCUUCUACCCAUAUCGUUUUUUUUUUAAAUUUGUUUUUCUUUUCCAUUUUUUUUCUCUUUUUUUUCUUCAUUUUCUUUUUCCAUCUGUUCUUUCCUUCUAUUUCAUUUACUUACCUUCAUUUUUGAAUAUUUCGUUUUACUUCUUUGACUUCGCGUUCUCCUUCUUCGUCGACUUAUUUCGUCUUCGCCUUUACGUAUUCUUCUUCUUCUUUCUCUUCUUCUUCUUCUUCUACUCUAUCUUUUUACGGAUUUUUAAUUUCUUAUCUAUUGUUCUUCAUUUUCUUUUUCACUCAUUUUUCUUCUUUUUCAUUACCUUUUUUAUUUCUUUGACUUUUCGUAUUUCUUUUCCUCCUUUUGUUUCUUGUUCUUUUUCUUUUUCUUUCUUUUAUUUUCGAUCUUUUUUUUUAUCUUUCUCUUCCUUAUCAUUCUUAGUUCUUUACCUUUUCUUUUAUUUUCGAUCAUUUUUUAUUUCAUUCUUAGUUCUUUCUUUUUCCUUUUUUUUUUCAUUUUUUUUUCUUUUUCUCUUCCUUAUCAUUCUUAGUUCUUUACCUUUUCUUUCUUUUAUUUUCGAUCAUUUUUUUAUCUUUCUCUUCCUUAUCAUUCUUAGUUCUUUACCUUUUCUUUCUUUUAUUUUCGAUCAUUUUUUUAUCUUUCUCUUCCUUAUCAUUCUUAUUCUUUACCUUUUUCUUCUUUUUAUUUUCGAUCAUUUUUUAUCUUUCUCUUCCUUAUCAUUCUUAGUUCUUUACCUUUUCUUUCUUUUAUUUUCGAUCAUUUUUAUCUUUCUCUUCCUUAUCAUUCUUAGUUCUUUACCUUUUCUUUCUUUUAUUUUCGAUCAUUUUUUUAUCUUUCUCUUCCUUAUCAUUCUUAGUUCUUUACCUUUUCUUUCUUUUAUUUUCGAUCAUUAUUUAUCUUUCUCUUCCUUAUCAUUCUUAGUUCUUUACCUUUUCUUUCUUUUAUUUUCGAUCAUUUUUUUUAUCUUUCUCUUCCUUAUCAUUCUUAGUUCUUUACCUUUUCUUUCUUUUAUUUUCGAUCAUUUUUUUAUCUUUCUCUUCCUUAUCAUUCUUAGUUCUUUACCUUUUCUUUCUUUUAUUUUCGAUCAUUUUUUUAUCUUUCUCUUCCUUAUCAUUCUUAGUUCUUUACCUUUUCUUUCUUUUAUUUUCGAUCAUUUUUUUUUAUCUUUCUCUUCCUUAUCAUUCUUAGUUCUUUACCUUUUCUUUCUUUUAUUUUCGAUCAUUUUUUUUAUCUUUCUCUUCCUUAUCAUUCUUAUUCUUUACCUUUUCUUUCUUUUAUUUUCGAUCAUUUUUUUCUUUCUUAUCAUUCUUAGUUCUUUACCUUUUCUUUCUUUUAUUUUCGAUCAUUUUUUAUCUUUCUCUUCCUUAUCAUUCUUAGUUCUUUACCUUUUCUUUCUUUUUUUAUUUUCGAUCAUUUUUUUUUAUCUUUUCUUCCUUAUCAUUCUUAUUCUUUACCUUUUCUUUCUUUUUUAUUUUCGAUCAUUUUUUAUCUUUCUCUUCCUUAUCAUUCUUAGUUCUUUACCUUUUCUUUCUUUUAUUUUAAUUUUUUUUUCUUUUUUCUAUCAUUCUUAUUCCCCUUUUCUUUUAAUUUUCUUUUUACUUUUCUUUCUUUCUCUUUUCUUUUUUCUUUUUUGCUUUCUUCUCUUUCGCCUCCCCCAUUUAUCUCCCUUUAAUCCUCUCCCUUUUCCUUCUCCAUCGCAUUGUCUUUCGGGCGUCGCAAUCUAUUUACCUCAAUCAGCUUCUAUCUAUCUAUCUAUCUAUCUAUCUAUCUAUCUAUCUAUCCCUAUCAUUUUUAUUCUUUCUAUCUAUUUAUCUAUCUCAGUCAGUAUCUAUCUAUCUAUCUAUCUAUCUAUCUAUCUAUCUAUCUAUCUGGGGAGAUAG